AUGCAGGUGCGCUUCCACCACCUUCUGAAGCAGCAGCUAGCAGAUCAGGGCUUUCCAGUCCAUCGACAACAUCUAAACUCUCAAAAUGAGCAUCUUCGUGCAAAAGGUAGAACCCAGAGCUACUCCUGCCAAGGCAUGGGCCAUGUGAGGGGGCAAGGGGGGAAAGAGGGGGCAAGGGGGGAAAGAGGGGGCAAGGGGGGAAAGAGGGGGCAAGGGGGGAAAGAGGGGGCAAGGGGGGAAAGAGGGGGCAAGGGGGGAAAGAGGGGGCAAGGGGGGAAAGAGGGGGCAAGGGGGGAAAGAGGGGGCAAGGGGGGAAAGAGGGGGCAAGGGGGGAAAGAGGGGGCAAGGGGGGAAAGAGGGGGCAAGGGGGGAAAGAGGGGGCAAGGGGGGAAAGAGGGGGCAAGGGGGGAAAGAGGGGGCAAGGGGGGAAAGAGGGGGCAAGGGGGGAAAGAGGGGGCAAGGGGGGAAAGAGGGGGCAAGGGGGGAAAGAGGGGGCAAGGGGGGAAAGAGGGGGCAAGGGGGGAAAGAGGGGGCAAGGGGGGAAAGAGGGGGCAAGGGGGGAAAGAGGGGGCAAGGGGGGAAAGAGGGGGCAAGGGGGGAAAGAGGGGGCAAGGGGGGAAAGAGGGGGCAAGGGGGGAAAGAGGGGGCAAGGGGGGAAAGAGGGGGCAAGGGGGGAAAGAGGGGGCAAGGGGGGAAAGAGGGGGCAAGGGGGGAAAGAGGGGGCAAGGGGGGAAAGAGGGGGCAAGGGGGGAAAGAGGGGGCAAGGGGGGAAAGAGGGGGCAAGGGGGGAAAGAGGGGGCA